AUGUUGGUGCUGAAUGAUGAUAAUCAAGGCGAUUUCAUCAGAUCACAAGAAAUCACCCCCCUACGAACGAGUAUCACUAAUACAGGACCGGCUAUCGCAGAUGUCCCGGCGAUUUUCAAUGAAAUUCUUCAAUUAAUCUCACAGAUCCAACGACGACCCCACAGGAAGUCAAGAAGUCCCAAGGGGAAUUCCGAACUGUCUUCCGAACCCGAAGCGUUGAACAUCUUCAGAACAUCGCAAAUGGAUCGUCUGCCACUGUUACACUUCCUAUCUACCGGUCCCAAGGGUUUCACCAGAACAUCUUACGAAAGAAACUGGGAUGAUCAUAAGGGAAACGUCUUUUGGUUAUCCUCACGGCUGGAACGCGAAAUGAAUGAGCAGCGUGUCGCAGUGAAUUGGUGA